GUUUCUUAAAUUCAGAGAGACAAAUUAAUCAGUUUCGUGUGUUCAGAGAAGAAGAAGAAGAAGAACAGAUCAAUACGAGGAGAGAGAUCUCCCAACAGUUUCAAGUAAAUAGAAGGUUAAACUCAACUAAAUUAGAAAAUGGGAUACUGGAAUUCUAAGGUUGUUCCAAAAUUCAAGAAGUUAUUCGAGAAGAAUAGCGCUAAGAAGGCUGCUGCUGCUGAAGCUUGCAAGACCUUUGAUGAGUCUAAGGAAACCAUCAACAAGGAAGUUGAGGAGAAAAAGACAGCACUCCAACCAAAGGUCGUGGAAACCUAUGAGGCCACGUCUGCCGAAGUCAAGGCUUUGGUGAGAGACCCUAAGGAGGCUGGUUUGAAGAAAAACUCAGCGGCUGUGGUGAAGUAUCUCGAGGAGCUUGUCAAAAUUGAAUUCCCCGGAUCAACGGCUGUGAAAGACGCUUCGUCUACCUAUGGAGCUAACUAUGUCGCAAGACCGAUCACGUUCUUAUUCGAGAAGGUAUGCGUGUUCCUCCCUGAGGAGGUGAAGACACGAGAAAUUGUGGUCGAAGAACCGACCAAAACCGAAGAGCCAGCCAAAACUGAAGAACCGGUCAAAACCGAAGAAACAAGUGGUGAGAAAGAGAAGGAUAUUGUUGAAGAGAUUAAGAAAGACGAGACCGCUACAUGUGAUAUUGUCCAAAGUGUUCGGUUGUUGUGUGGUGUGAGGUUUGUUAUGGCUCAAUCAUCGUUCCUCAAGGGUAAAGCUCCUCUGGUGCGUACAGAAACGGUGAAAAUAUCCAACUCAGUUAUGGCUCAGAGGAUCCAACAGUUUUCUCUCACACUUAUUGGGAGGCUGAUGAAUCCAUCGAUUCAGAGGAUGGAGUCUUUGAUAUCCACUCUGCCUAAGAUAUGGAAGCUCGAAGAUAAAGUGGUGGGAGCUGACCUUGGUCAGGGUACGUUCCAGUUCAACUUUGCAGAGGAGGCUGAUCUGCAAGGAGUCUUACAAAAUGGUCCUUACCAUUUUGAUAGUUGGAUGAUUUCUUUGGUUAAGUAG